AAAAUCGAUUUUUAGAUUCUGUAAACUGGAAGCUUUUCGCUUAAAAGAUGAUCUCUAAGAUGAGUUUUGGAUUAUUCUUUGUGCUGUUUGUACUGGGUGCCGCCUCCUUGGGCGCGAUUGGCAUAAUCCUCUCCAACGUGAUGGUCAAUAUGGGUGAGCGCAUGGGGCUCGGCUGGUUCCUGUACACCUCGAACCCCUUCCUGUGGUCCGGCAUGGGUAUCUUCCUCGCCUGCGCCCUGUCCGUUCUGGGCGCCGCCAGUGGGAUCUACAUGAUUGGAAGCAGUGUGGCUGGCGGCGGAGUGCGAUCGCCUCGCAUCAAGACCAAGAACCUGAUCUCAGUCAUCUUCUGCGAGGCGGUAGCCAUCUAUGGCCUGAUCACGGCCAUCCUGCUUUCCGGCAACGUCAACAAGUUCAGCAGCAUGCGUCUGAUCACCGACAGCACGGUCAUGGCGACCAAUAUGUUCACCGGAUUCGCUACUUUUGGGGCAGGUCUCUGCGUUGGAAUGGUGAACGUGGCCUGCGGCAUUGCUGUGGGCAUCGUGGGAUCCGGCGCUGCCCUGGCGGAUGCGGCCAACUCGGCGCUCUUCGUCAAGAUCCUCAUUGUGGAGAUUUUUGGCUCGGCUAUCGGACUGUUUGGCCUGAUUGUGGCCAUCUACAUGACCUCCAAGGCGGAAACCAUCAAUUAGACCAUUAUAUGAACACAACUUAAUUGAAAAGCUAACAUUUAUUUGGUAAUUAAAGCUAUUCCUCCCCAUCA